UCUUUCUACGUGAUACACAGCACAGAGAUUCAUGGAAUACAAAAUAGUAAGUGAGGUCACUUAAACAUAAAUACAUAUAGAUAGACCAGAAAUGUCAGACGUAAUACCUAUGAUACUACUGGCGCUGCCAUCGUCUGAAUACACCUGCCACUUACAUGUUUGCUGUAUUCGGAAGUAACAGAAAACAGCUGUAUGUUAGCAGAACCCAUGAGGAAGAUAAAGUUAAUCACUGUGGGAGAUCACGCGGUGGGGAAAACGUGUUUACUUCUCUCGUAUACCACUCAAAGAUACCCACAGGGUUACAUACCAACAUUAUUCGACACUUACGUCACAGCUGUUGAGGUCGGCGAAACAUGGAUCGACGUAGAAUUAAAUGACACGCUUGGAAAUUGUGAUGAAGACUAUGAGCGUCUGAGGCCACUAUUAUACAUAAAUGGGGAUGUAUUUCUCGUUUGCUUUUCGGUAGAGAACCGCGAAACCCUGGAAAAUGUGACUAUAAAAUGGAUUCCUGGAAUAAGGCGAUAUCGUCCACAUGCACCUAUUGUACUCGUUGGUUGCCAAAUAGAUUUACGAUAUAAAAGUGUAUCUGAUCUGGUGUCGUAUGAUGAAGCGUCAAAGUUUGCCACAGAUUUGGGACUUUGUUAUGUAGAAACCAGUGCGCUAACCAAACAGGGCUUAAGUGAUGUUUUUGAUACAGCAGCCCGCGUAGUGGUGAGUUCAUUACCAACGAAGACAAAACGGUCUCACCGAGGGCUUUUCUGUUGUGUGAAGAGAGAAAGUCUAGAACCUCCUGUGAGACCCUCAGUCAUCAAGGCACCUUUGAUUGAAGUUGAACCAUCACGAUUUGCGCAAGACUGGAUGGCAAUGCACGAGAACCCGGUACAUGCUGACGUUACAUUCGUGAUACGUGGACAACACAAUCUGGACGCACACAAGACAGUUCUGUGUUCAUCCUCUACAUACUUCAGACGAGUCUUUGGAACAGUGAACGCAAAGAAGAUGAAAACUACAGUGGGUAACUCUGUCCAGACGGAAGGAAUCUUAGCAGUUUACGACCAAGACAGGAGUAAAGAGGAUAUAUUGAGUCAAGGUCGCUGUCACACUAUGGUGGAAAUCAGUUCUGAUAUCAAACACCAUACAUUUGCCAAAAUCCUACAAUUUCUGUACUCUGGUGUACCUGAACUAACCAACGACCAGAACAUGAUUGACCAGAAUGACCUCGCUGACAUCAUAAGAGUAUCCAAAAUAUUCGAACUACAUAGACUGACAGAGAUUUGUCAAAACUGUCUUGGCGAGCAGGGAAUAUUCAAUCCAAGCAUAAGCACCUUCUUAACUGAGGAGAGAGGACAAAUAAUGAAGGAACUCUAUUUCAACAAACCAGAGACAGCUGAUGUCACUUUCAAUGUGGAAGGAAUAAAGGUGUACGCUCAUAAAAGUGUCCUCACUGCAAGAUGUGAAAUUAUGGCAGCCAUGUUUAGAGGUCAUUUCGCGGAAGGACAAACGACUAUUUCUAUGGUAGAUAUCCCGGCUACCUCUGUGGAGUGUUUCCUUGCUCUGUUGGAAUACCUAUACACGGACCAGGCACCUAUUGAAGAUAUCGAGGUGAUGGAACUUAUUGUUUUGGCGGAUAAAUACGGACUAAAGCGUCUCACAAAUUUGUGUGAAAUGUAUAUUACCAAGGAAAUUGACAAGUGUGUGGCGAAUAAUGUCGGAACGGCAGAAAUUGAUGUGAUAGGAAUUCUACAAACAUCACAGAAUAUCAACGCAGAGCAGUUGUGCAGCUGGUGCCUUCAUUUCAUAUCCACAAACUACACGGCUUUCAAACAGCGGGCGGAAUUCCUCUCGUUAAAGGAAGAAAACAAAAACUACAUUGAGGAGAAUCAGUGGCCUCCAUUAUCAUAUCUGCGUGAGAAGGCAGAAUAUGACAAGCAGCUGAGAAGAAAUAACAGUCCAUUUAAAUGUGCAAUCAUAUAAAGUGUUUACAUUUAUAUAUAAACUGUGCCAAAUAAUGCUUUCAUGGACGUUUGCUCUUACUCUAGUGGUUCAGGGAUAAUUGUGUUUUUAUUUUUUAUGCUUACAGCAACUAUCAAGUCUGUAAGGGAAAUUAAGUUCAAGUUGUGACUUAUCUUUUCAUGGUAUUAAGGCAAUAUCUAAGAUUAUAGAUAAACUUUGUGCAAUUAAAUGUAUUUUACUAACUAAUAGAUUUAUUUGAAUCGCUAAUAAAAUAUGGUAGAAACUC